GGCACCAGGCGAUAUUUAAAACAGAAGAGUCUCAAGAUGAUAGCCAGAUAAGACAGACAUUUGCCUGUGAUCACAUCAGCACCAAUAGCCUGAAUUGAUCAAUCCAUAACCUACAGCAGCCUUGAAGAUAAGCCCAUGGCAGUCCACGAACAGGACUGGCGUACAAUACUGCCCAUGAUGCAGUAUCCUCAGACACCAGGAUUUCCACAUGUACCUUAUCAAUACUUCAAUGGGUUCCAUGGUUUCCCUACAUACGGCACUGGACUCCAUACACGCACCAUGGCGCAGUGCGAUCAAAUCAAGCCGAUGUACAUCUUAUAUCCACAGAUGCAUAACACUCUGUCGCCUUUCCAUGCUCCGGUGACAUCCACGUUGCCAGCGUCUUUAUCAUCGUCGUCAUCGACCUUCAUGACAUACCCUGAUCAGAAUUCAUCACUACAGCUACCGGCCGCUCAGACCCCAGUGACAUCAUUAUCCCAUGAGAUCCCAGCGUACAAACUCCCACAGACGCCAGUCCCACAGAUCUCAACAUCUCCGGCGUCCAUGUCAACGCCAGCGUCCAAAGCCAUCUCAUCAUCACCAGUACCAACCACUUCACCCAGCCAAAUUCCUAAGCCGCUUGCGCCUAAACCCCAGGCCUCCCACGUGACAAUUUUACCAUCGCCAAUAUCGUGGACCUCUCAAAUCUCGCCUCUGACAUCAACACUCGGUAACUUUGCUUCUUACAACUCCAGAUCUGCUUUAUCCAAAACCGAUGGGUGUCACCGUGUGAUAAUCCAGGGCUCCAACGUGAAUUACCUCAGCCAUUCGCCUGCGGCAUUCCCCAGCAAUCCUCAACCAUUGCAGACGCCCGUGAAUGGUGCAGUGGAGACAUCGGCGCCCGUGCAGCAGAGUAGGGACUCCCCGAAUGCUGGUGUGGUCUUUGAUACAUCUCGACCCACCUCUGCCAAUAGCAGUAUUAACUCUCAGAGACAUUCCGCUAGUUUGACAGAUUUCAGUAACUUGGACCUCUUGUCAACUGUGUCUUUGCUACAGGAAAUACCGAAGGACAAUGUCCACAAAAAAGUACCUUAUUCAAGACAAUCUGCUCUGCCCAUAUCCAGUAACAAAAGCCUGGCUGAUGACAUAAACACCUUUCCACGGACGUCAACUCCAGAAACACCGGCCACAAUGUCACCAUCCCGUGCAUCUGCAUUAGACUUAGUCCCGGCGAAAAUGGUGGAGAAACCUUCAGUGUGGCUCAAUGUUACCUUACAGGUAGACACAAGCGGUGAGAUCAAACGAGGCCAACAAGGUGUGCAAUAUCGUAGUCUGAUUACCAACAUAGUCACGGAGUUAUUUUAUCCGCCAAACCUCUGUCCUCCUGAUGACCUUGUAGUGGAUGUUCUGACAGCCACAGCUAGUUAUGACGACAGGGGGCGCCUCACCGUGCUCGAGGUAAAAUAUAUCACUCCGGGAAUAUUCAAAGUGGACUGUCAGGAUGGACAUGGCAAAACGACCGCAUCUGGAAAAUGUUCCCGCAAAGUUGUAACUUUGACGAGAUUAGACUCGCUGGAAACUUUGUGUCCUAAAUCGCAAUACUGGAUGAUUGGUGACCUUUGUCCAGUCCCGAGAACGUUCCAGAAAUGUCAUCGAAAUGCGCCGACAUUGUACAAAAAGCUCACUGAGUAUCUGUAUACGAAGGAAUUCAGAAAGUACACACUGCCUCUGCUCCUAAAGAACGGCGAGGAAGACGUGUGGACAACGAGUUUGAAAGUCCCCCGCACACGGUCUAGGGUUUCGGACUAUGACGACUUAGCAGUGGGAGAACAGUCACUCAAGAGAAAGGCUUCGUCAGAUUCGGAAAGAAGUCACAGCCCGGAUAUCACCAAAACGUUAUUUACGUUGAAAAGGAGGAAGAAACUCUCACGUGCCUCUUCAGAAACUUCCAUUAUCUCAACAUCAUCAUCCGGGUCCUCGUGCCACUCUUCACGAACUUCAUCACCUUGCACAUCACCAACACCAUCUUUGAUUUCGUUCCCGUCCAUAGAAGCAGCGGACUUGUUAUCAGAUGAGUCACGUGACACCGUGGGUUCAAAUCCUCCAGAGUGUCCUUUUGUCCCGAUCAGCCCACCUAAACUUCAGAAGGAGGUUGACCAGUUCCCUUGCUCAAACAAUCUGUACAGCUCUCCCCCUCGUCUUCGACUUCAGAGAUCACGUGGUCAGAGAACAAAUAUUUACAAUUCUGUAUAG